UAAAUCAGUUAAAACGCGAAUGUGUAACCAAGCUAGUAAGAUGCUAACGUUAGUGUAUUAAACAUUAAAUUGUCCUCAACCGGUCAAAGAGGACGUAACGACUCACGAGGAACUUCCGGUAUUACUCGUAGACCGUAAAUAAGAAGACAUUACUGGAAGCUAACAGCUAGCUUAACAAGCCAACAAAUCUGAUUGUUUUCAGCUAGCCGGCUAAGCUAGCUGGUUGCUAGCAUGCUAACGUCUGUUUCAGUGAUGGAAAUGGAGGAAAAUCUAGAUCCUCGUGAAGUCGAGCGAGCCAAAGCCUUCUGGUCCGAGGAGGACGUGGACCAGGUCUUCAGUGGUGUGUUUGAGUACCUGGACCACCUGAAGAAGGUCCUGAAGAAGAACACAGCGACAGACAAAGAGUACGUUCAGGGUCUGAAGCUUCUGGAGAGUCUCAACGGUCCUCCAGUCUCCUCUCAGGACUCCUCUGUGGUCCAGGUGGUCAUCGGCUCAGAUGAGCUGUUCCCGGCUGACUCCUCCCCCUCUAACGGGACGUCCAGCUCAGCAGCUCCCCCUUCAGGCCGAGAGGAGCUACUGCCUCCUCUGACUCCAGUCCAGCUGCAGUACGAGCCUCACUCCUGCUGCAAGGCCUGCCUGCCCUCUUUACCCAGCAUGCCUCAGUGCACCCCUGCGUUCUGGGGUCAGAACCCCCUGAAGGUUCCGCUGCUCUGCGGCUUUAAGAGGCUGAGCGCAGUGCCGCUGAUGAUGUCACUGAGAGGAGGCGAGGACGAGGAGGGGGCGGAGCCUAACGAGCCGGAGGACGAGGAGGACUGGGACGUCCUGUACAAGGCCCCGUGUGGACAGAGUCUCCGGAACCAUGAGGACGUGAUGCGCUUCCUGUUGGCCACCGAGAGCUACGACGUCCUGCAGGUGGACUUCUUCACCUUUAAUGCCUCGGUUCAGUUGGACCCGCCCCCUCAGGCGGGUCCCCGGUGCCCAGAGAUGGACCUGAGCCGGGGGUUAGAGCCCACGCCGGUGCAGCUCUGUGUCGGUGACGGCGGCGCUCGACCCGCCGAGUUCCGCUACCGGAAGGACCGCUGGCCGCACGGCUGCUUCUUGACCCGCGGCCCGGCGCUGUUCCACGUCUGCUGCGACUGUACCGAUGGCUGCGCCGACGUCCGGCGCUGUGCCUGCGCCGCCGUGACCGGAGGAGGGCAGCGCUACGACCACCAUAGGCUGCCGGACCCGGUUCCCUCAGGCGUGUACGAGUGCGGCCCGUGGUGCGGCUGCGUCCGGACCCGCUGUCAGAACCGGCUGGUCCAGAGAGGGAUCCGAGUCCGCCUCCAGGUCUUCCAGACCGACGGCCGAGGCUGGGGGGUCCGAUGCCGCGACGACCUGGACCGCGGCACGUUCGUGUGCGUUUACGCAGGUGUCACCCUACAGAGGAGUCAGAGUCCUGCCGAGCCGUCGCCCCCGAAGCUGACGAGGUCUGACCUCCCGUCUGACGACGAAGUGGAGGUGGUCACCGAGUGGCUGCCCCCCCCGGUGCUGGAGGGGCGGAGCACCGUGCUGGAGCCCCCCCGACCCACGUCACCCACCCCCCACGUCCCCGUGAUCCAGAGACCCAAUGACGCCGCUACACCACAGGACCGAGACCAGACCGUUCUGGUCGGCGCUCCGGAGCCUCCGUCUCCUCCUCCAGAUGAGUCAGGUGACCUGUCUCCUCCUCCGGAGAAGGAGGUCUCCGUGAACGGCGUGGAGACGAGGAGGAACCUGAAGAGAGCGAAGGAGACGGUGAAGGACGUCUACUUCCUGGACGCCAGCAAGGAGGGAAACGUGAGCCGCUUUCUCAACCUGUCAGCCCAACCUGUUCGUCCAGAAUGUCUUCACCGACUCUCACGACCCCGGCUUCCCCGUCGUGGCCUUCUUCACCAGCAGGUGAGGAAGAGGAGGAUGGUUGUUGUUGGUGGUGGUGGUGGUCAUAAACAUUGUCUCUCUCUCAGGGUGGUGAAGGCCGGCACUGAGCUCACGUGGAACUACUCCGCCGACUCUCAGAGUAAACAGGAAGUGCCCUGUCUCUGCAGUAGCAGCGGUUGCCAGGGAAGGUUCACCAUCGAGAAUCAGCUGUGUGAGGUGUGUGAGGUCAGAGGUCAAGGUGACACACAGUAACCACCCCCCCACCAGGUCACUUCUGUACGCUUUUUAUGUUUUUCUUAAUAAAUCUAAAUUUAUAAAAAUCCGUUUCGCUGUUUUAUUUUUAAAGGCUGUCAUACUGUGUUUGUAGUUUCAUUUCAGAGUUAGAAUUUGUGAGACUUUUAUUUUGUAAAAUGUGUUUCAAGUAUGAAUGUCCAUCUCUAAAGCUUUUUUAUUUGGAAACUCCAUUGCAGGAAGUGUGGGAGGAUUCUCUGUUUUUUAACUGCCACUAAAUCUUUUAUUUUGAAACUUCUAACUUCAUUUGUAACCUGUCACUUUAGAUUCUAGGAUUUAUUAUUUUC